CAUGUCUAAGUCAAUAAAGAAGAAACGUGCAGCAGCAGCCAAAAGAAGGGAGUGUGCCGAGCUACAACCAUGGAUAAAGUCUAUUGGAAAUCAUUUUUGGUAGUGUUCUGACUCAUGUAAUGGAGAUGCAAUUGAACUUAAGGAACGCUGGUUGUCCAUAGUACGUCACAUUGUAGACAAGCAUGAAUGUAAUGUGGCUACCAAGUACCAUAAAUGUGACCACCCUAAACUUACAGAGGAUCGUAAAACAGCAUGGCUUAAACCCGGGUCUGCUUCACAUAAAGCAGUUCAGGGUAUUGUCACAAAUAAGCUACUCCUUCGAGACAUGGAAAAGAUCACAGAAUUUUGUCACACCGGUGACUUGGAGGUAUUUCACAACGUCCUUCUGAAAUAUGUUCCAAAAAGAAUUGCUUUUCGUUACGAGGGUACAGUUGCCAGGACAGUUUUAGCAGCAUUGGAUAACAACACAAAUGUAGGCCGCAAACAGGCAACCACUAUUAGUGGCGAAAAAAGGUGGAAAUUACAGCGGUCCAAAGCAAGCCAUCAAUUUGUAGUUAAAAAAAUCAAUGAUCCAAAGGAAUUUACAUUUCGGACAGACCUGUUGAAUGCUACUUUGGACAUGCAUAAAAGUGGAUCAGAAACAGAACAAUCAGCAAUCAAAAUCCCAGUUUUGGCAAGAAACUCAAUUGGAAGGGGCGAAAAACCAUUCAAAACAGAAGCUAUUGAAGGUCUUAUUAGCAGACUUGGAAAAAAUGAAUAGAUUAAAAUUUAUGUAAAGCGCCUAUGUGAUCUGUGAUCAGGCGCUAUAUAGAUAUAGUUAUUAUUAUUAUUAUUGUUAUUAUUAUUAUUAAUAAUAAUAUUAUAUUAAUAAUGCCAUGGUUCGAUUUUAAAAAGAUAUUGAAAAGGGAUGUACAGUAGAACCCCUCAUUUAUGUACGGCACGGGCCCAGAGCCGUUCGUAAAUGUGGGAAUUCGUAAAAUCGGGGUUGACCCAAAUUCCUAUGUAUUUCCACUGGUACUAUACUGGGACAUUUUUACCUUCUUAAAUACCUAGAUUGUGGAUUUUACUCCCAACACAACUUCCAUAGAUACGUGU